CCAACCAGCUUCACGCAGUAAGGCACCACUCAGUGAACACUUGAGACGAUGGUGGGCAUUCGUGCUGUACUGCUCGUGUUCCUCGCACUGGGUGUGGAAGGCGUCCGUACCCUCGCCUCGCCCCAAGACUGUGACGCCUCAUCUGAUGUAGUCGUGCAGGGCGGGAGUGUUGUUCCAGUUUACUAUGAAGUGAUAGCCGGAGCAAAAAAAAUGUCGGCAACCUUGUUCUUGCAGCCUCUCAUUGGCUUUGAGGGAGUUAGUGUUGAGGCUAACUAUAAAACGGACACAUUAGCUGCCUGGUUCUCCACUCACCAGUGUUGCUCAGGAACACCACAUGACGUCACGUGGAUACCAUUGAAGGUGGAGGUGGAGGUCGUAUGGCAUUAUUUUCCACCUUUUUAUUACUUGCACUACAUGAUGGACUUUGGUGGAUGCGUGAAGAAAUGUGAAAAGAAUUAUUGUGGUUAUGCUUGGGAUGUCGACGUUGUUAAAAGCCUGAAGGUUGUAGCUCAUGGCUCCUCCAGAUGGAAGUGUGGCAGCCCGCCAGACACCUGCCUCACCAGCUGUAGUACCACCACCACCACCACCACCACCUCCUGCCAGGAACCGUCACGCCAGCGCUCUGUAAAUUCUACGUCACUUUCGUCUCCAUGUAAUGCCACACCCUCACUGACUGCCACGCCUACACCAUUUGUCACAGCCACAACAGUUGUCACGCCCACACCACAGCCCUUGUCAGAGUGGGUGUUUGUGCUGCCUCCAGUAGCGGUGGGCAUCGUGAUAAUAGUAGCGGUGUUGGCGUCGCUUAUUCCUGAGAUGAGACAACUUGCGUGCCGUGUACUAAGGUUAAGACGUCUGCCGGCACCCCUUCCAUCCCCGUCCCGCCAGCAGCACCAGAGUUCUGUCCCCGUCAGCAUGAACUCUUUGUACGAGUCCUUCAGUAGUCCCUCUGAAAGCCGCCACCAGCAGUGAACAUCAGUAUAAGUAUUUUGUACUCCUAAGGGCCUCUACUCAGAAACGCUCUCUCACCACUACUGUUUUCAAAGGCCACAGUGAUGGUUACUGGAUUCUGAAAUGUUUUUUUUUUGGGUGAAUAAUUUAGAAAUCUUGUUAAUAUCUCAUUAGAACAAUAAAAAAAGAUCACUUAAAAACCUGUUUAACUUCAAUUAGAGCAUUUUGAAAGUAGUGCAGGUGACUGCCAUGUCCUUAUGGAUGGACUCUCUCUCUCUCUCUCUCUCUCUCUCUCUCUCUCUCUCUCUCUCUCUCUCUCUCUCUCUCUCUCUCUCUCUCUGUCUGAUAGGUGCAUCCCUUCUGGGAGAGUUCAUGCUUUACUUCACCCAGUAAUUAUUUGAUUAAAAAGACACAUGAGUUAGGACAAAUAGCAUAAUAGUGAGAUAUUUCCAUUCGUAAAGUUGUGGAAGAAAGUAACAUUAUAUUGUUGGUGUUACACUUGUGACUGCGUCCUGCACUGAGGAGAUUAUAACUUAGGGUGGCAUCAAAUGAACCAACCCUGCAAUGUUCAAGUGUGUGGAAUGCACGCGUAGCACAUAAUGCUUUGUGUAAAUCUAGUGAGUGGAACGCGGUGGUGCAAGAAAACAUGGGAAGACACAGAAGGUACUUUAUUCUCAGACAUUUCGGCCCUGAAGAAGGCAACAACCCAGACGUUAGGUAAUAAAGUAGUACUGCCCCUCAUCCCGUGUUUCCCCCACCACCGCAGUGCACAGCGAUGUGGUUUGUAGACAUAGGGAAGCUACGGAGCGUGGAAUGGGAUUAUGUGAUCUGCCAUGUUUUACAACUCAGUGAUGAAAUGUGUCUUAGAGUAUAAGUAUGUAAUUUUUAGUUUCAUUUAUUGGGUGGUAGACAGACAGCAGUGGAUCUCAACAUUCCCUAAGUUCAUGCACCUCUCCGGGAGCUUUUGAGAAAUUCAUGUACCCCCGCGCCUAGGACGAUUAAGUGCAAGAACUUGCAUGAAUAUUUUACGGUUUUCACAAGUUUUAACACUGAAAACAAUAUAAUUAAAAGUAUUAGUCCUCUCUUUUAAAUAUGAAAUAUAGCUACUUGGUUCUUAUUAAUUGUUCUACAGGUGCGAAAUGUAAAUUAAAAGAAAAUGCCACAUCUGAAAGCUGUGAGGCGCGAGUUGUGUCUGAGUGUAAUAUAUUAACAUACUACAUAAACCUGUACUGCUUUAAUCUCAGUUUGAAUGAAUUUCUUACAUAACGCACGGUUUACUUACUAAAAAAAUAUGUUCCUAUUGUGCAGUGUUGUACACACUAGCCAUGCCAUGUACCCUUCCAUGUACCCCAUUAUUUCCAAGUAUCCUUUGAAAACUUCAUCCACCCUGAGGCGCACCAUGCACCCAGGUUGACUCUCACAGGAUAAAGUGUUUCACAAAUGCCAACAUUUUGGGUUCAUGUUUGAGGCGUGUCCUUGUAUUUUAUCCUUUUUACCUUUCAAUAAUGUUAUCACCAUUACUCUCUCAUUCGUAGUUCUUGAUUUGUGCCUGGUCGUUCCGUGUCAACAAUUGUGAAACACCCUGCACAUUUUAGGAGGCAUGAUUGACACUAGAUAUGACGUGUGCAUUGAAAUGUUGCUUUUAUUCUUCAGUAAACUGUAAGUCGAGAUGCGUAUGACCACCUUGCUCUUCACUUUACUGUGUGUACUAACUAAUAAUAUGAAAAGGUGUUUAUUGCCUCACAAUUAAGUGUCUUCAUACGUAGGUUCUUCAGUUGUUUCUAUUCUGGCAUAUUAAGUUUUUAGAGGGUAAGGGCAAAUACCUGGUCGUCACCUUCACAAACAAAGUGGCUGUUAGUUUUGGCGAUUUCUCGACUUUCUUUUCUUUCCUCAGUCAAGUAAUCAUGUGGCGCACCUGCUGGCAUAGUGGUCUGUGUCCUGUCUUGGUGUGACAGGUCCGAAAUUCGCCUUAACUUUGCUCCCUAUUGAUAUGAAACUUUACGAGGCGUGGAAAAAUAUGAAGGGAAGACUAUUUUAUUUAUUAUUAUUAUAUCUAUAUUAUUCUUUUUUUUUUGUUAUUGUUGUUGAGGACCUUAUCAGUUUAUCUAUGAAGGCGAUAUGAUAUUUAGGGAGGAAAUAAAUUGUUGUUACCGU